AUGCGGACUAGCUACGCGCGCUGCAGCCCGCCAGGCGUGCAAUACCCAGUCGCGACACCAAUGCCCCUACGCUUCAUCCAUAUAUACGCACGGGCGCUGGGGCUGCCGAGGCUGCAUCGGCGCCGGGGACUGCUAGUAAACCAUUGCCGCUGUCGGAGUUUCGCUAGUGAGUACCCGUGGUGCCGCUACACGUCUGUCACGCAUUCCUUAAGAGUCGUUCGCGACGGUGGCGACCGAUGUCUUUUCGCCGGUCCUCACUCGGAAAGAGAUGACAGGGGCGCUGUCCCCGUUCUCCGCCACACUAUUCGUCUAAGACAGAUCCACUUGGACAUUAUAGCCUUCGUGUGUUUCGUCAUACAGAUGUCUUGUUUAUUCUGCUACGCAUUUGUCCGUGGCAACCGCAUCAAUCGAUUUAUCCCAGCCUCUGCCCGGCGUUGCUGCGCUUCUUCCCUGUCUUACAAGCUGUAUGCGCCUCGUUUUCCCGUGCUUUCACUUGCUUUCACUAUUGAAACGGACGGCAAAGAAAGCAACCGUCAGGCUGCAUCCCUGUCUUGCGCAAGAGAAGACAGCGACGCUUGCGUGCCAAGAUAG